AGUUGUUCUUGGUUGAUCGUUCCUCUUCCAUAGUUCUAGUGCGGAUUUUAAAUGGUUGCUCUCGGUUCUGGCUGGGAUUCUUUUGUUUUUCAUUUCCCAGUUGUAGUUGAAGUUCAUCAUCGCUGAAGCAAAAAUUUCUAUCCGCUCGUCGUUGAAUCGUCUCAAACUAAAUUUUCAACUUCUCCAGAGUUUACCGAGUUCCGACGAACUCGGUGUCAAUUAUUAUCUUGCCUCUAUUCGUCAUAGUUCGUUAGAAUAUUUAAUAUUCCUUUGGUCUUUUGCGAUUUAUAAAAAAUAAAAAAGAUUAUACAAUUAUUGUGUCUGUGUUGUGUCUAAACAAUUAAGACUUAUUUUAAGCAACAAGGAAGACCAUCAUCAUACCAACAGUCGACAAGUCGAAACCAGGCGGGUUUCAACUUGUGCCAUUGCCCUUUUAUAAUAUUGCAAUGAGCCAUUUAAUAGAGAAGGGAAAUCUUGCAAUGUCCAUCAAACCUAAUAACACACAAAAUUCAUCAGCGACCGCAAGCACAGACGCUUCUCUUCAACAGUCCGCAUCUGUGCAACAGACCUCACACAAUUUACAGACUGAACCAACGCCAACCAAUAAAACACAACCAGUAAAAGUUAACAAAUUUGAUGCAGUACUAACGAGCUUAAUAGCUGGAGCUGCAGCGGGAGCAAUAGCAAAAACUACAAUAGCUCCUUUAGAUAGAGCGAAAAUAAAUUUUCAAAUUCGCAAAGAUACCCCAUACUCAUUUCGAGCUGCUGUGCUAUUUUUAAAAAACACCUACGCCACUGAAGGAACACUUGCAUUAUGGCGUGGAAAUUCUGCAACAAUGGCUCGGAUUGUACCAUAUGCAGCAAUACAAUUUACCGCUCACGAACAAUGGCGAAAGAUUUUGCGAGUUGAUGAGAAUGGUACAAAUACAAAGUUGAAGAGAUUUAUGGCUGGUUCAUUGGCUGGCAUCACAUCACAAUCAUUGACGUAUCCAUUGGACUUAGCAAGAGCACGAAUGGCUGUGACGGACAAAUAUUCAGGUUACAAUACACUCCGCCAAGUGUUUGUUAAAAUAUGGGUUGAAGAAGGACCACGCACCUUAUUUAGAGGUUAUUGGGCAACUAUAUUGGGAGUAAUUCCAUAUGCAGGAACAUCAUUUUUCACCUACGAAACAUUAAAGAAAGAAUAUAAUGAAGUCACAGGUAACAAGACACCUAAUACAUUGGUUACACUAGCAUUUGGUGCUGCUGCUGGUGCAGCUGGUCAAACGGCUAGUUAUCCACUAGACAUAGUGAGAAGACGAAUGCAAACAAUUGGAAUAAAUCAGAAAAAUCUAGGCGAAUACACAACAAUUUAUUCAACACUUAAGAAAAUUUAUAGAGAGGAGGGUGUUAAAAAUGGCUUCUUUAAAGGACUCAGUAUGAAUUGGAUUAAAGGACCUAUUGCUGUUGGCAUUAGUUUUUCAACAUAUGAUCUUAUCAAAGAAUUACUUAGAGAACUAGCACAUAUUAAACGUGGCAGGUCCACACUAAAUGAGCAAUAAAAUUAUUUUUUUUUUUAAUUUACAAUUAGAAUAAGAAUGCAUGGUAGUUAAAAAAAAAAAUAAAUAAAUGUCACUCAGAUUUGUUUAGUUAGAUAAAAUAUACUUAUGUAAAAUGUG